CUCUCCUACGGCUCCAGCUCCCCCGCCCUCUCCAACCGCCAGCGCUUCCCCACCUUCUUCCGCACCCACCCCUCGGCCACCCUGCACAACCCCACCCGCGUCCAGCUCUUCAAGAAGUGGGGCUGGACCAAGAUCGCCACCAUCCAGCAGACCACGGAGGUCUUCACCUCGACCCUCGAUGACCUGGACCAGCGGGUGAAGGAAGCCGGUUUGGAGAUCACCUUCCGCCAGAGCUUCUUCUCCGACCCCGCCGCGCCCGUGCGCAACCUCAAGCGCCAGGACGCCCGUAUCAUUGUGGGGCUCUUCUACGAGACGGAGGCGCGCAAGGUCUUCUGCGAGGUCUACAAGGAGAAGCUGUACGGCAAGAAGUACGUCUGGUUCCUCAUCGGCUGGUACGCCGACAACUGGUUCCGCAUCAAGGAUCCGGCUAUCAACUGCACCGAGGCGGAGAUGGCCGAGGCCGUGGAAGGACACGUCACCACUGAGAUCGUCAUGCUCAACCCUGAGAACACCCGCAGCAUCUCCAACAUGACGUCCCAGGAGUUCAUUGAGAAGCUGCAGAAGAGGCUGGGCAAGAACCCCGAGGAGACAGGCGGCUUUCAGGAGGCGCCGCUGGCCUACGAUGCCAUCUGGGCGCUGGCCCUGGCCCUCAACAAGACCUCGGCAGAGCUGGUCAAGAAGGGGUUGCGCCUGGAGGACUUCAACUACAACAACAAGAACAUCACCGAUGAGAUCUACCGGGCCCUCAACUCCUCCGCUUUCGAGGGCGUUUCGGGACACGUUGUCUUCGACGCCAGCGGCUCCCGCAUGGCCUGGACGCUCAUUGAGCAGCUGCAAGGAGGUGUCUACAAGAAGAUCGGCUACUACGACAGCACCAAGGACAACCUGUCCUGGUACAACAACGACAAGUGGAUUGGAGGUGCCCCUCCGGCCGACUACACCAAGGUCAUCACCACCUUCCGAUUCCUGUCCCAGAAGCUCUUCAUCUCCGUCUCGGUGCUGGCCUCGUUGGGCAUCCUCCUGGCCAUCAUCUGCCUGGCCUUCAAUAUCUACAACGGGCACGUCCGGUACAUCCAGAACUCACAGCCCUACCUGAACAACAUGACGGCCGUGGGCUGCACGCUGGCUCUCGCUGCCGUCUUCCCCCUGGGACUCGACGGGUAUCACAUCGCCGGGCUUUUCCCUUUCGUCUGUCAGGCCCGGCUGUGGCUCCUCGGGCUGGGGUUCAGCCUGGCGUACGGCAGCAUGUUCACCAAGAUCUGGUGGGUCCACACUGUCUUCACCAAGAAGGAGGAGAAGAAGGAGAAGAGGAAGACCCUGGAGCCUUGGAAGCUGUAUGCCACCGUGGGGCUGCUUGUGGGGCUGGACGUGGUCACGCUGAUCAUCUGGCAAAUCGUGGACCCCCUGCACCGCACCAUCGAGGAGUUCACCAAGGAGGAGCCCAAGACGGACACGGACGUCUCCAUCCUGCCCCAGCUGGAGCAUUGCAGCUCCACCAAGAUGAACACGUGGCUCG